AUAUAUAUAUAUAUAUAUAUAUAUAUAUAUAUGUAUAUGUAUGUAUGUAUGUAUAUGCAUAUGUAUAUGUAUAUGUAUAUAUAAAGAUAUCAAACAUCAACUACCCGCUCAAAAUAUGAGUAAUAUCACCAGACAAUAAAAACUCUCUAGUUUAUAGAGAGCAUAAGCGUGACGAAAAGAUAGUUAAUAUAUACGUUUAAGGAGUUACGGCUCGAGCAGCGAGUGUUUUAAAUUUAACUAACCGAAGACACAAGCUCCUUAUUAAAGACUCACGCUUCCGCAACAAUGGCAAUAAAUUUUUCUGCCUCAUUUGCGGCAUGUAUAGCUGCUGGUCUUAAGGUGCCACGUCAAAUAAUGUAUUGCAUUACGCAGGACACGGGUCAACCGUACGUUUUGUAUAAAGAUUCGCAAGAGGCAGAAAGAAAUGCAGCUGCCAUAGGUGGCUCCGCAACGCAAUGGGGCUCGGAAAUGUAUCCAGGCAUACAGCAACAGGCUCAGAGCCAUUUGAGCGCACAACAGCAAUCAGCUCAAAAUGGGGCGCCACAGCUUAAUUCUGGGGCCGGUCCGGCUGGUGGUGGACCGCAACCACAAAGUCCAAACGGAGAUCCUAAUGUUCGGGAAAAUGGAGCGGACGCGGGUGGAGGAGGUGGUGGUGGAGGAGUACGACAGCAAGGCUCACCUUCAACAAGUCCUUACCCGCCUCAACAACAACGUGCCAAUAAUAACGGUGGCCCCGACGACGAUGUAAACAUGAGUCAGGUCCACCAGCAGAAUUCUUCACAGCAACAAAAUCCAAACCAAAGCUCAAAUGAUCCCCAACAUCAGCAACAGAAUGGUGGCAGUGGCGAUACCAGCGCGACGGGGAAUCCUCAACAACAACAUGUACCACAAAGUGGCCAACAGCAAGGCAAUGAUCCCUCCAAUAGUUUUGCGGGAGCUCAGAAUGGUGAACUUAGUGGCUAUUAUGCUCCUCGCCAUCCGGUCGCUCCACAAGGUGCUUUAAUGGCUCCACCCGGUUUUCCACCUUUGCACUAUCUUAACAAACCUGUACUUCCCGGUAUGGCCGGUUCGAUGGAUCAAAAUUCCGGAAAUGCCGGCGCAAAUGGUCUGGAAGCUUAUGCUCUGCCUGAAUUGUUGCCCGGUCAGCAGCAAAAUAGUUCCGCUAAUAACAGUUCGAAUCAACAGAAUGGCACUUCACACACUAAUAGCACCACGAGCGGUUCCUCGGGCCGACACCCUAAUACCUCGCCUGCCAAUCAUAAACCUCCUAAACCUCACAGUGAUCUGAGGCUAUUCAAAUGCCUCACCUGUGGCAAAGACUUUAAACAGAAAUCUACUCUGCUGCAGCACGAUCGUAUACACACGGACGCUCGGCCCUACCCUUGUUCGGAGUGCGGUAAACGUUUUCGUCAACAAUCGCAUCUGACGCAGCAUCUGCGCAUUCAUGCCAAUGAGAAGCCGUUUACUUGCGGUUAUUGUUCGCGUAGCUUUCGUCAGCGAGCGAUACUCAAUCAACACAUACGCAUCCAUUCGGGUGAGAAGCCCUUCGCGUGUCCCGAGUGCGGCAAGCACUUUCGCCAGAAGGCCAUCCUCAAUCAACAUGUGCGAACCCACCAAGAUGUAUCACCGCAUCUUAUAUUUAAAAACGGACCACAUCCAACUCUGUGGCCGCAGGAUGUACCCUUUCCGGGAGAUGAGACUGAUACGAAAAAUGGUAUUGCCGGUGAAGGUGGCUAUCACGACGAUGACUCCCAGGGUACUCCAGAUGGUAGCGGCGGUAUACAUUACCCCUCAUAUUUUAAAGACGGCAAAGGUCAAAAAAUCUUACCUGACGUUUUACAACAUAUUGGCGUCCGUCCGGCAAAUAUGCCAUUAUAUGUGCGUUGUCCUAUUUGUGAUAAGGAAUUUAAACAGAAGACGACACUAUUGCAACACGGUUGCAUACACAUUGAAUCGCGUCCUUAUCCGUGCCCAGAAUGUGGCAAGCGUUUCCGUCAACAGUCGCACCUAACACAACAUUUGCGUAUACAUACAAAUGAGAAACCAUUUGGUUGCCUAUAUUGUCCGCGUUUCUUCCGUCAACGAACAAUCUUGAAUCAGCACAUCCGCAUACAUACAGGCGAAAAACCUUACAAAUGUGGUCAGUGUGGUAAAGACUUCCGUCAAAAAGCAAUACUGGAUCAGCAUACCAGAACGCACCAGGUAGGUGAUCGACCGUUCUGCUGUCCGAUGCCGAAUUGUCGAAGACGUUUUGCCACUGAAAAUGAGGUUACCAAACAUAUCGACAACCACAUGAAUCCGAAUACGACCAAAGGGCGACGCAAUGCCAACUCGAGUAACAAUAAUAAUGUAAAUAACAAUCAUGUAACGGCGGCAGCGGUAGCCGCUUCGGCAGCUGCUGCAGCAGCGGCUAAUCAUUUGAUGAAUGAAAGUAAAAAUGCUGCGGUAGCUCAGCAAUUUCUAAAUAACAAUAACCCGGCCGCACAACCUGGCGACAACAAAUCUAAUAUUUUACCGCGGUCAAUGGGCGGUGGUGCACAACCGGGUUCACAAGUUAAGAAUGAACUCUACUUUCCACAAUGCUAUGGACCGCCCUUUCAGCAUGCAUUUCAGGGGCAGCCAACCGCAGCUCAUGGCGGGGGUGGUAGCCAGCCAUCGGUAACGGUGAGUGUGGCCAAUUCCGUAGCUCCGGGGGUGGUAGUACAACAAAAUGCCGCCACGUCAGUGGUAGCUCAGUGACAUCCCCCCACAAAUACCGCUUCAUCAGCGGUGGUGCCAGCUACAGCGACAGGAGCUAACACUACCCAAGCACAUGGCGGGCAACAAGCACCAGGCCAGCAACAACAGCAAUCACACCAUGGUACAGCACCGCCGUCUCUAUCCGCAGCUCAGGCUCCACAAACGGUAACUUUAUCGAUAACUCGACCGCCAGUGGCCUCUUUGCCGCCCGCAGCUGCCGCCGCAGCAGCAGCAGCCGCUGCAGCUGCUCAUCAUCCGGCUCAUGCAGCCCAUGCGGCUGCUAGUAAUGCCCACAACCAUAGUCAUGCGCAACCACCACCGCCUCACCCUUCGACGGGUCCGCCUACUCUCUCGCAUGCAAUACCCAUACAUCCACACAUACACUCAAUAUUCGGAUCUCUAUGAUAAUAUGAAAAAGUCUAAGCUCACCACCCAUCCCAUCCCUUAAAAAAGAAAACUUUCAUUUAAAUUCAUUUAUUUUUUCAUCCUUCCUUAUGCAUCGUCAAGAUAUGUAAAAAAAAGAAAAAAAAUAAGAAAACCAUUCAUAUUUUCAUACUUCUUAAGAGUCCAUAAAGUAUUGCUUUAGAUUUACACUGAGAAAGAAAACCUAACAACACAAUAUAAGCAAUUUUUUUAAAGAACAAGUUAAACUUAAAAGAAAUAUUUUUAGAAUUUUAUGUCAAACAAAACGAUUUUAAAUUCUCAUAGUAACCUCAACAUAAUUUCGGUUAAAAUUCGAGAUAAAGCGAUCUAAGAUCGUCCGGAAAACCUUUCAACCCACUUAUAUAUAUAUAAAAAAAAAAAAAAAAAAAAAAGCAAAAAUACUUAUCCCUAAC